CGGGAAGACGAAGCAAGACCCCGUAACAGAUGUAAAAUCAAAAAGCGAUUGAAAACACUGUUUUGCUGCAUCAAACCACGUGAAUCACACGAAGAGGUAAUUGAAUAUGAUCCUGACGAAUACGACUAUAUUAUCGAGAAACUCGUGGUGAAACGCGUGCCGCUUGCGUUAUUCGCAAUUCGUGCCGAUCUUCUCGACCACCGGCACGGAUCCGACGUGACGAUGACGUCAGAACAAACUUCGCGAUCAGCGUCAUCGUCCACCUUCGGCAAGAGAAGCAAUUUUGCAGUAAGCACCGUUGCGCAAGGAAGUACCUCGAUGAAGACCACAACGGACAGCAGCGUCUUGAGUCAUCGAACUAGGUCCUCGGCAUGGCGAAAGGAGAUUUUAGACAAAUUCAGUGCCCUGUAUCCCGACUUGAAAGAAUCCGAAAGAUUAUCCAAAGAUCCGCUGAAUUCUCCGCAAAGUAAACAAUCAUUUACGGGGAACGUUUCUGGAACGUCCAGAACAGGGACCGACGUCUCCUCCGAACAAAUAUCCUCCGCGGUCGUCAAGGAUAAAUCUGUUCAUCGCGGUAGACCCAUCUUUGGAUUCAGCAGCAAGAGAACAGAGAAGAGCGAUGGUUCCAGGCAACCACGAGACGCGUCCUCCGAGAAGGAUCGGAGCAAUUGUUUCCCUGGAGUAAAUCUAAGAUACGUUGUAUUGCCGUUUCGAGUGCGAAGUGGUUCUUUCGAUCUCGAGAAACAGGAGAAGGUCCAUGAAGACACCGGAGUGAAUUGCAAGUCGCUGAUGCACCUCGGGGAAUUCGUCGAGGAUAAAACUUUGCAACCAGUUGAAGCUUCGAAAGACUACGAAUUGCCGAACACGGCGGUCAGAUGGAGAAUCACCAUCAGACGACAGCGAGCAAACGCGGACUCUGAUGCGGUCGCUCCUGAGGUGAUGAGAAAUUCUCAAAGGGACAAUGAAAAUAUUUAGUUAUGUAAACACAUAGCUAUGUACAUAU